AUGGUUGACGACACUUACUACAUCACACCGCAUGAGGCAGCGCUGGCGGUGGUUGCCACCGCCAUGAAGAAGUCCCGGCUCCCAUUCUACAUCCUUUUUAUAAACUCUAUUAUGGGUGCCUUUUUGUUCAGUGCUGGCAGCAUGUUGUACGUGAUGUGUGAGGCGGGAAGCGCCGAUUUGAUACCUGGGGCUAAUAUCUUUGUUUACCUAGCACAGGGAGCAGUCUACGCUAUAGGCUUGUUUUACGUCAUUGUUUGUGGUAUGGAGUUAUUCAACUCAAACAUUUUAUUCUUCUCUGUUGGCGUCAUGCGGGGAGCUGUCACCUUGAUGGAUCUCGUCAUCUCAUGGAUGGUGUCAUUCUGGGUCAACUUGGCCGGAACCGUUUUUGUCGUCUACGUCAUCUGCUACUGCUCCGGCGUGUUCCGCCAAGAUGUCUACGUUGUCGGAUCAAUCUCAAUCGCACACAGCAGGAACUCAUUUUCCUUUGCUGAAAACUUGUUGAAAGGCGUUGCCGGUAACUUUUUUGUUUGCCUUGCGGUGUAUUUGCAGAUCAUGGUCAAGCCUUUGCACGUCAAGUUCUUGAUGAUUUUUCUUCCGAUAUUUACGUUCGUCGCCAUGGGUUUCACGCACGUUGUUGCAGACAUGUUCUUAGUUCCUGCGGGAAUAUUCAAUGAUUGUGGCUACGGAUUUGGCCAUUAUUUCUGGAAGAUAAUGCUACCCGGAGCAAUAGGAAACAUAAUUGGAGGAUCAUUUUUUGGUAUCGUCAUUCCUUGGUUCUUGCAUCUCUAUGUUAUCGAGCAUGACAUGAAGAAAUUGAAACUUCCCUCAUAUGAAGAGCGUGACGAGCAACCGAUGCUCAACAUGGAGUCCAGAGUUGUUCGUGUA